AUGGAAGUCGCUGACGGUGCAGCCAGCACGCCUGCUGAACUCCCUCAGCCCGACGAUUUGGUGGCGGCGUUGGAGAAGAAUUAUCACAAAGUCGAAUAUCAGAACGUGGAGCUCAAGAACCAUCGCGACGUGGUCAGCACAGUCGACAAGAAGGAUCUCGCCUCCAUCGCGGACAACACAUGGGUGACUGACGGGGCGAUAGAUUUUCACAACGUGUUGCUGACAACUCUCGCCAAGCAGACGCACCCACAUGUGGACAUGUCGAAUUUUGAACUGCUGCUGAAGGACGUUCCCUGUCAUGUCCUCACGGCGAACCACAUCCCUAAGCAAGAGAAUGGUUUUGACUGCGGAGUCUUCAUCUGCCACUACUUGAAAGUUUUGGUCUACUCCGACUUUGCCAACUUGAAGAGUGGCCUGUGGUUCAAAGGGGUCAGCGCGCUGCAGUACCGCCGCAACAUGCGCGCUGAUAUAUGCGCACACGCUAUGGGGGAGUUGCUCCGGAGGCUAGAGGAAGAUGGCGUGGAUGUUCCUUCUCAGGAAAGCGGCACCACCACCAACACGACUUUGAAGGAGGGUGCAGAGGACGGACAACACACAGAGCAAAGACGUGUGGACCGACUCGAGGCGGAGGUGUGCUCCUUGAAGCGCGAGGUCGGUGCGAUGACUGCAGGAUUCGCCGCAAUUGGGCAGGUGCUUGGGAUGUCGAGGGAGGAGCUGAUCUCUGCCGGCGAAAACAUGCUGCAGAAGCCUGCCUGCGCUGUGCAGGGAGCGGGAGGUAAUGAUCCGCGCAAGCACGGCCCAACCACUCCUGUACGGCCUUCAGGAUACACGAAGCAGCUGAACGACAGCCCUGACGAGGAUCUGGUGGGCUCCAACACGAGAGUGUCGCUCGACAGCAAGUUCGCGUCAGCCGUUGGAGCGUACCCCUGCUUCCCGGCACAUCUGCCGAUCCCCGGGACGGUUCCACACUGGCUGUUGUCGCGCCAGCAGGGAGCUGCGGUUUCACUAGUCCAGCCAUCCUAUCCUGUUUACGGCAUCGCGCAGAGCGGUGCGGGCGCACACCCCGGCUUCACAGCUGUGCCUAAGCAGGAGCCCUUGGCCGGAGGAGAGGAUUCUGACGAGGACGGAGAGGGGGAGACCGAGCCAGGAACAAAGCCGACCAAGUACACCGGGGUGUAUGUGGAGGCCGAUACAGGCAAGUUUGGGGUGAAGGUUGUCGCCAAGGACAAGGACGGAAAGAAGGUAACGAGGAGAGUCGGCGCUUACACCACGAUAGAGGAGGCAGCGUAUUGCUACGCGGCAGCAGCCCACGUGCUGAGGCCAGGCAUGGGCACCAGGAACUCUGUGGCUUUAACACCGGCGGAUAGGGCAGCUUUGAAGGGGUGCACUCCUGAAGUCCUAAAAGUCCUGGUGGAUGCCCGCAUGUGGUGGCGCUGGAGGGUAUGGAGGGAGGCGUACGAAGGUGUGAUGCGGAAGGCAGCGCGGGCCAAGAAGAAUGCAACGCCUGCUAAAAUGUGGAGACCGCGAAAGGAGAGUGGUGCGCAGGGUGGUGGCACGGCAGGAGAGGGUGAAGGAGAGAAGGCUGGAAGUGAGGACACUGAGAUCGUUGCCAUCGAACCAACCAACAGCAGGGCGCUUGGGAGGCUCCGCAGUGCCGAUGCAAAGUCCAUGGAUGACAAGACAGAUGAAGCUGGUCGUGGGAGGCAAGUAGGCAAGCAAGCGGCGGAGAGUGACUCGCCAGAUUCGCGUUCCAAGAGCGACGUUGAUCCGCGUCUGGCUCUCCGGAAUCGAGGCGAGGACGUUGACGGGGGCGACCAGGCACGCAUCGAGAGCGACGUCAACGCUUUCGAAGAGGAGGAUGACGAGGAUGUGGGCGACGCGAUGCGCGCGAUGUUCGAAACCAACACGAACCGCGAGAACGCUGAUGUCCCAACCAAUGGAGAGGAGGUGCGCGUUUCUGCGGGAGUAUUCAGGAGCCUGCUUAAGUCGCAAGACGAGAGCGCGAAGAAGGUUGCCCGCUUGGAAACCUUGCUUUUGGAGGCACUGGCGAAGUCCGAUGGGGGAUCUCGUCGCCGCAAAGCAGAGCGGCAGAGGGAGCCGGGACAGGGAUGCAUGAACCCAAAGCGCCAGCGUCGUGGCGAGGCUGUGGCUGAGGUUGAGGACGAUGACGAUGAGGUGGACGACGACGACGACUUCGAGGACGUGGCACAGAUUCGCACGCGGCGCAAACAUAUGCGGUCUGCGAAGUCGCCUGUUCUGCAACGCGCACUUGAUCUGCUGCCAGCAGACAAGGCUUGGAAGUGUUUGCGGUGGUUCCUGACUUGUGUGCAGCGACUAUGCGAGUUGGUCCGCGUGCAGCUGUUCCUGAAGAAGCCGGCAGCAACCAUGACUUUCUAUCCGAGCUCUGACGACAAGACUUAUGGCGUCUGCGCAGUGCUUGACCGCCUGCCGCAUAGCUUCGCGUGUCUCGCGCUGGCAGCGGACAAGUCCCGACGGGCGGACCUUAACAAGACGCUGAGCGAGUGGAAGACAAGGGCUGCAGCACGGGUCCGGGACAUUGCGCUCCCGAAGCUUGGAUUCUUCCGGGACGAGCGCGACGAGGCAAGCCCGUGGGCAAGGGACAACGCACGGACGCUGGAGCAGAUUCGCGAGCGCAUUGGGCUCGGAGCGGAUGAGAGCGAUGAUCUGGUGUUGAGCAACUGGGCUAACGACCGCGACGGGAUGCCCUUUGCUUCUGCGGCGUUUGCGGCGUGCGCAAAGGCUGCCUUCAUUCCGAAGAAGGCUGCACUGCCGCUCACUUUGAAGGUGUACCACCUUGCGUGGCUAGAGCACGUGGUGUCCGACAGCAUCAUGUACUGGGAGCAGAGGAUGGGCCGUCUCUCUAACUCGGCGGGGGGGAACGGCCACGUGGUGAACGGGCUCAAGGUGCUUGUGAAGGGCUCCGUUUCACAGGCCAUCCGUCACUUCAAUCCAGAGUACGACGAGGAGAAAGAGGAGUGGAUAUGGGGACGCCAUGGCCUCCGCCUUUCUGCAUGUGGGCUUGAGAGCAUGAAGCCCAAUGCAGGCGCUAGCGGAGGAGACGCCGCCGGGAACGAUGUGCAGUCGGUGUCUGUCGGGGGUGUGUAG